UUGGCUGUCCCUGAAAAGAACCACAGUUCUGUUAUUUGAGAGGGGGAAAGAGAUCAGCUACUCUUAUCUGUCCCUGUUAGUUUUAUGCUCUACCAUGCCACUGAAGUCAGGUUCAAAUAUAUGGCCAGGUAAGCCAGUUUUUGUGGGGGAUUGCUGGGUACAUGCUGUUAGUUAGUAUAAUCUAUUUAGAAUUUAUCAUCUGUGUGAGUUCAUACCACUUAAUAUUUCAGAGUUCAUGCUCAAGCCCACCUAUCUCAAUGUGACAUUCAUCAAGUGCCAACAGUGUCCUAGGUGCUAUACAUAAAAGUUAAGCAGUCCCAAACAAAGGAUCUGCAAGAGAAUGGUGCAAAGAUGAGUCAGGGAUUGGCAAAUGACUAGGAAUAGUAGGACAAGGGAGAGUCAGCUGGCAGUUUUGUGGCAAGCAACAUAAUGGCAGGCUAGACUACAGUGGUACCUCAGCUUACAGAUGCUUCAGGUUACAGACGCUUCAGGUUACAGACUCCACUUGAUUAAGCUCUAGUUCAACAAGCAUCAUAACUUGUUUAUUAUACCUUUCUUCUAUGGUGCAUAAGGUGGUACUGCCCCCUCCAUCACUGAUUUGUUUUGACCAAGGAGAACAGGUUCGUUCUGGCUGCACCUCUCUACAACCUUGGGUCACUCGCUAUUGUAGGACUACAACUCUCAUCAUUCCCACACAGCUUAGCCAAUGCCCAGGGAUGAUAGGAGUCGUAGUCCUUCUACUUUUCAGCACUACUUCCCAUGCUCCGGGGCUAAGCCCUGUAACUGAAUGCAGGUCCGAGACUGGAGCCUCCUACCCUAAGAUGAAUCCUCCCUCAUCACCACCAUUGUUAAGAACAGCACGUGUGUAUACUCUCUUUCUCCCUCUGCUCUCAAGUCAGAAGAAGAAGACUUGAGCCAAAUGGGCCAAUUUAGGAAUUAAAAACGCACGCAAAUGGGAGAAGAACUAGGGUGGCUACAAUAAAAUAAGCACUAGUUACACUUAGAUAGAUAGAUAGAUCAUUUAUUUGGAACACGUGAUUGAACCUCCCCAGCGCCCUGCGGGUAAACACACGUGUGUGCUUUUCCUGGUCCUCUCUCCCUGCAGCGGCUUUUAUCAAUAGCUCGGAUGAAAUGACGUACUACCGCUCAGGUCUUCCGGGCGUUGCGAAUAGAUUCCACCUCGGUGUAUUUCCAUGGCAACAGGAAGGCUCGGCACACAAGAGGAGCGCCCUCAGCUUGGUCAUGGGACAACGCCAGCUGACGUGGGAGCUCUCAGGUGAGGCGGGCACGGAUUGGCCAGAACGAGUGUGAGGCGAGCAGGUCGCCCAGGUGCGCCAGGCGAGCUCACGUCUCCCUUGUCCCCCGUCCGGGGAAUGGGCAUCUGCUGAAAAGGGAGCUUUUGCUGAGCUGAAGCGGGAGCUUUCCCUGAGACAGUUGAGCCCACCCCUUUCUUUCGCCGUAGUUACACACCACAUACAUUGAAAGCGCAUAAUUUCCCUCAAACAAUUCCGGGCACUGUAGUGUGUUUAGCGUUGUUGGGAAAUGUAACUCUUGUGUGGGGUUACACAGAAUUAUUUGAAUUCUACAGAACGUGCUUUCGAGUGUGUACACAACUUAAGCAUAUGGCCAUUUAGAGUCCCCAAAUGAGAAGUACACGCCAAGGGCAGCAGUAAACCAUUAGUUUUUUUUAAUCCUCUGGUGAGACUGUAAAACUUGCAGUUGUCUGCCCAGGAAUCAGUUGCAUGUUGCAAAGGAUUCUGGGGCAUGCUAGCAGACCAUGCAGAACAAUCUUCGUCAUGAGUGGAGCCACAGCAAAUUUUUCAUGUUUAACUCUACGCAAUGUAGGGUAGCAAUCAUAGAAUCGUAGAGUUGAAAGGGACCCUGAGGAUCAUCUAGUCCAGCCCCCUGCAUUGCAGGAAUACGCCGUUGUCCCAUACAGGGAUCAAACCUGCAACCUUGGCAUUAUUAGCACUGUACUCUAACCAGCUGAGCUGUCCACCUCUUUUACACACUUUACUGGGAGUGAGUCCAGUGGAAUUCAGUAGGACCCCAAGGUCAGAGUGGUUCUUGCUUUUAUGUUUUAACAUUUAACAAUGAAGAGAGAUCACACAAAAAAUAAUUAUCAGUCCUGGAGCUGAAGAAGUCAUUUCUGUUCACUUAUCAUUUCUGUUUAUUUCCAUCCCUACGUAUAAAACAUCCCAUUUUAAUUCUUAUUGAUUACUAGUUGUUCAAACAUUUCCACCACUGUGUAUGAUAAUGGAAUUUCAUUGUUCAUUUGAAGUUUGAUGUCCGCCAUUGUUCCAAUAUGCUUUGACUGCAGUUAGCUCCCAGCCUGAAUUCAGUACAGGGGGCAUUUCAGGGGAAGUGCACAUCUGCAGGGUCACCACCACUACCCUGGGGCUUCCCCAAUCUUGCUGCCACAUCCCCUCCCUAAUGAUGGCAGCAUCGCUGCUAGCAGGACAUUGUAGCUUCUGCUCCCCCUCACAAGUCACUGCUGAUGACAGUACACUUGGCAGAAAAACACGCCAUACCUUUAUUUAUUUUUGUAUCCCAUCAUUUGUUGGUAGUAGCAGUACAUGCUGCAAGUCGGAUGGUAUUCUUUCUAAACGACACUCAUAACUAUUCCUGGUUUUUGCAGCUGCACAGCAACGAAAUUCAUUUGGAUCGUGUCAGGAGAGAAGAAUAUUCCCCGUUUUUUACCCUCCAGAUCGGCUAGGCAAUGAGAAUGUGCCAAUUAAAGGUGAUCCUGAUCGUGGACCUGGAGCUUAUAACUAUGCAGAGGUAAACUAUACUGCCUUUGAUUUGGCUGUAUUUUCUCUUUAUGUAUCUUCACUUUGAAGUAAAGAAAGGAAAUUUGGUACCUAUACUCUUGGUGGAACUGCGUCUAAAAAUGGGCUGCCCUUUGCAUUGUCCCCCAAUAUUUUGUUCAAGUUGGCGCCUAUGCCCCUAUAUCACAGGAUUUUAAGGAUGAAAUGUUUCAGGAACUAUGUACACUUCUCCUUGGAAGAAGGGUGAUGUAUGAAUAUAACAAAUAGUAAAGUAUAUAAAAUGUGUAGCAUUGUAAUAACCAAAGUGCUUUUUUUCUAAAUAAAAAUUAAUAGAAGGACAACCUUCUAUACCAAUUGGCUCGCAGACCAGAGAGUACUAAAGGUUACACCAUGGGAGCAAGAACAACCCCACGUUUUGGACUACUCAGUAAGGUAAAGACCGCUUUCAGUUGUUACUGUACUGUGUUUUAUAUAGUCUAUUAUACUUCCUCUGCAAUAGUCCUGGAAUAAUUCCAUUGAUUUCAGUCAGGCCUCAGCAUGUCUGUCCUGAAGUAAGCUGUUUAUGGAAUUAGAUGUCAGCAGGUUUUUAAAAAUGUCCUGAGCCAUGCUCUUUAGGUGCUACAAGGCUCUGCUUUUGCCAGUUCUUAAACUGCAAUCUUUAUUUGUUACAAGUAUUGUGCCACUAAUGAAAUCUUAAUUGAUAAAUAGUAUGAGUUGUAGCUGAUUGAGCAAUUAAUUAAAUAUGAUGAAAAAAGCAGUAAUUCUUUGCUUUAAGUGAUAAAUAGAGAUAUUGCAGCAAGCAUCCUCUUAGAAGAGGCAUUCUCUGUUCUCCAUCAUGCAGGGUUCAAGGUGGCUGAACACAUGCUUUGCAUGCAGAAUGAGGGCUGAGAGCAAAAGAACUCUAGCUCAGACCUUGGAUAACCAUUGCCAGUUAGAGUAGACAGUACUAUGGACCAGUGCACUCACCAGUUCACUGACCCAAGAUAGGGCAGCUUCAACGUCAGAAAUUUAGUAUUACCAUUAAAUUACAAUACUUGCUGAACUUUCCUUUGCCCAGGAAAGGAAAUUAGUGCUGCAGUCUUUGACACACAUUAGUGAGUAAGACCCAUUGAGUUCAGUAGGACUUAUUCUGAAUAGACCUGGUUAGGACUAUGCUGUAAACCUCAAUGAACUGAGUGGAAUUUAAUGAGUGUGUAACUCCACCUUUUUCCUGGAUUGUCAAGUCAAAAUGAAUCUGUAGUGUGUGAAUUACAGCAUGGUUCACAACAGUGCAGGAGACCCUUUCACCUCCCUCUCCAAGAUGGAUCUCUGCCCUACUUCCUCUUUCUUCUUCUCAGGAAUCCCUGCUUCCAAACUCACUGCUUCCUGCUCCCUCAAACACAUAGUUACCCUGACAACCUUUGACAUCUCUCUCCCCAGCCCAAAGGAUCCUCCUAUGGCCCAUCAACACCUUUUUUAUAAUGCUAACAGGUCUGCUCUUCUUCCCCAUGGCCAGCCAGGAGAAUUUGCAUAAGCCAGCCCAGGAAUUCCCUGAAUUCCCUGUCUGGCACCUUUCUGAACCUUAAUAUCCCAGUUAAUCAAAAUCCUAGUAUUUAUUCGUUUCUAGUGUUUAGCGGGACAACCCUCUCGCCAGUACUAUAACAAUAUUUUAAUAGAGGAUUUGUCUUGUAACUUAAUUUUAUAUGCUCCAUUUAUAGCAUGUGACGCCUGAUCCUACUGCAUACCAGUCUAUAUGGAUCAGAGACCACCACAGACGCCAGCCGACACAUGUCUCUUUUUGCAGCAAUAUGCCACGAUUUUCUGAGAAGCUUCUGGACAAAGACUUUUAUCCUGGGUACCAUUUUUCAUUUCUUGAAUUACAAAGCUUCCCCUUAUGAUGAGAGCAGCAAGGUCUUAACAAAAGCUCAAGCGGGUCCAUGGAUUAUAGUCACCCAAACUGAUAAUGUAAUGCAGAAUCCUGACAAGAUGGAGGUGCUUUUGGUGGGUGAUUCCAUGCCCUGAAAUUGAUGAGGUGGCUGUUCUAGAUAGGGUUGCAAUCCUCCUGAAACAGCAAGAUCAGAGCUUUGGGUACUCCUUGGUCCAGCAUUGUCAAUUGAGGCCCAGGUGGCUUCAAAGGCAAAGAGUGGCUACUUCCAGCUCUAGCUGAUUCACCAUCUAAUCCUGGACCAGAAUAACCUGGCUUUAAUCAUGCUUUGAUGCCCUCUAUAUUAGAUGACUGUAAUACACUCUACAUGGGACUAUACUUGUUUACUAACCAAACCAGGGUGGUCCAGCCCACAGCCCACAAGCUGCAUGCAGUCCUUGGCAACAGUCAAGAAAAGCCAUCUUAAAGCCUUAAAAAAAAUUUUUUGCAUCAUGCGUUGUUAAACAAAAGUUCAUACACUUGUUUGUGUACUGAAUUUGUUUAGUAACUAAAUAUGUUAAAUCUUUAAAUCUUGUAUUUAAUUAUAUAUAUUUAAUUAAAUAUAUCAAUUGUGUAUAUUAAAUAAUAUUAAAAAUAUUGUGAACACUUUAAUUUACAAUAUAGAAAUUUAAUUCAGUGUGUGGCCCAUAGGUUCAUAGGUAAAAGUACUCUUGCAGCCCACUUGGUAUGGAAAGUUCGACUGCCCUGGUACAAAAGCUGCAGCUAAUACAGACUCUAUUUUACAUUAUUUUCAUGAGACAUCAUUUCCUACAUGGUUUUGUAUGGGCACUGAGAGCCAAAGUUCAUUUUUUAAAAACAAAAAGUAAAACCCUGAAAUGUAAAAUUACAGGGAUCCCUAAUCUCUUGCCUAUUCUUAGUUGCUUUUUGCAAUUUACCCAAAUCACUGUUGAGAUGUAGCUACAGUCUUCUUUAAAAAUAACUCUUAAAUUUACCAGUCUAGUAUAACCAUGAUGGAAUAAAGCACAAUAUAUGAAGACAUUAUCUCAGUGUAUUAAUGUGGACUAUGUAAAGUGCACAGCAUAAUGGACCAUAUUAGCUCAUUGAAGAAAUGAUGCAAGGACUUUUCUCUCUAGACCUGGAACAUAUGACCCAUAUGGCAUGCCACACAGGCAUGUCACCUGGCCAGGGAAGUUUGGGGCUCCAGACUGGUCUUUAAUACCAAUGCCAGCGAAAAGAACGCUGAGAAGUGAGGUAUGAAAAUCAGAUACAGUUUUCUAAAUGAUCAUUGUGACUAUUUGGGGAUUAAGAAUGUUAGAAUCUCAGACAGACUUGAUUUCAGCAAGGGAGAGACAUUUUUUUCAGGGCUGUAUCUACCACGAACUGGCUGGGUACAGAAGAGUGGUGGGAGGCACCAGCUGGGGAACCCCCAACAGAACCCCUAAAGGGUGAAGGCUCAGAACCAGCAGAUUGGUGGUGGACAACAAUGAGUGGUCUGAGGGAGAAGAGGGAGCAGAAUGGGAGGAGUAGGUGCCAGGAGUUGAUGAAGUAACAGGGUUUAGUGAGCAGGAAGAGGCUGUGGCAGGCAGCAGUACAGAAUCAGAGGCAGAAGUGGAGGCUGAAGAGGCUGGGGGCCAAGAAGCAGAGAUGAGGCAAUCUGCUGAAGAAGCCAAGGGGUCUCUCUCCUGUUGUGACCAGCUCCCCGCCCCCUGCUCUCCUAGAACCCUCUGAGGUAUAAAGAGGGCAGAGCAGAGACAAGGUGUUGGAGUCUCAGACUGCUUGGGAAGGACCCGGGAAGGAAUAUACUUAGAGAUCUUUCAGAAGACAAUAACAUACAUUUCUUUCUGUGGAAUUCCUUUGUCUCACAUGGUUUGUUUUCUGGACAUGGAGCUAUAGAUAGAAAUCUGCACUAAAACAUUUGCUUCUUUAUUGUGCUUAUUGAGUUUUUGAACACUGAAUAUAUUUUAUAUUUGUAUUUGUUUUAGCUGCUUUCGGACAAAGAGUUUAGGAAGCACCGGAACCUAGUGGCCUACCUGAGCAUAUACUACAGUGAUUAAUUACUCUGGUUGGAGUCGUUCCUCUUCUGUGUACUUGGACUACUAAUUUGCCUUUGUUUUUUUUGUUAAGGGAAAUUUAGACUUUGUUAGUUGUUUGUUACUCUGAUUCAGUUACCAGAUUGCUUCAUAAACAGCUGUCUUGUUAUGCCUCUUACCUUCCUAGUUUUAUUGCCUAGUUCAAAACUGUUGAUUUUAUGUGAAGAACUCAUAACUGUGAAGCCAAAAAGUAUCUUCAAAUAUAGGUAUUUUGACUCUUGCUUGUUGACAACAGCUAUUCCAGCCCUUCAGUUUUCCUUCCUUGCUGCAUGUGCCAGUCCUCCCAGUUUGCAGUCAGUUAGGCUUGGGGAAUUUGUAAGAGAAGCACAGAUUGCCACUAACUCACUUUUAUUUGUAGACCAACUUUGGAAAAUCUUGCCAACAUUUUGAGUUACGAGGUCACAGUGCCCACAAAAGCCAUGUCAAAUGUGAGUCGCUACUGCCUGCAGCAGCACAUCCUGGUGAAAUUCCCAGAUCCAGAAUCUCCUGUACCUUUUACUUCUUGGCUCUCCCCAUGCUACUUGCACCACAAGAGGCCCUGGAAGCAUGUGGCUCAUUUAUCUGCUGUUAUUGUGUCUGAUAUGAUGAUAGGUGGUCUGGCAUGUAUUUCCAAGCACAACAGUGCCUGCUUUCUAUCUCUGCAUGUGGCUGUAUGUGUAGUUUCAUUUUUCUUUUAUGCAAUGUUCUCUUCUUUUGCAUAAUGCAGUUACAGAGGCUGAAAUUUGAAGUAGGCAACAGGGGAGAGGUGAUUCUUAAUGCUGUUCACUCUUGCUGCUUUACCACUGAAAAGUGCACCCCCUACACAAAGAGACCCUCUGCUGGGGGAAAGAGAGGCUUGGUUCAUACCAAGCAGCAAACCAUGGUUUCCCUAGAUGAACCUCAGGUUUGUGCAAUCUCUCCUUCCUUCUCUACUUUCAUGCCUGUGGAGAGGAGACCUUUAUAUUUUAAACUAACCAGUUUAUUGAGAUGUCCAAACUUGGAUUAAUAAAAUGAGAUCAGGAACCACAGUUCUAAUUUUGCUAGUUUUCACUAUUCAGAGUUUAAACAAACCACAGUUUCAAAAAUUCUGGCAUCAUGAGGAACUAUUGUUCCUUUAAUUCAAUUGUGGAAGCUUUUGAUCUUCUCCUUGACUUGCAUGAAAGAGGAGGGAUGGGAAGGAGCAUGUGAGCUUAAGACUCUUUAACUUGUUCUCAAAGUGAAAAACCAUGGUUUCCUGUUAUGUCUGAACUGAGGCACAGGUACUUUACUUAGGAACAUAUGUUUGCAAUACGUUAUAAACUUGUAAUCAUGGUAUAUGGAUAUUUCAUUGUGAACAACUGUAGGCUCAUCCAUACAAUCUGUUCCUUGAUCUGUUAUACAACAUGGGAGGAAAUACAUACUUGAUAAGAAACAUGUUGAUAGACUACUGCAGCUUUCUCACUCAGCAUUGGUAGAUAGUAUAUAGCUAGCCCACAACCUGCUAUUUGUUGCUGUUCUUGUCUUAUCUAUGGCAUCACGAUAAAGUGGGUUAUAUCAAACACUGCACAAGCAGUGGCCCACUUGCACAGUGGGACUUCCUCUUCCUCUCCUUUACUCAUCCCCCUCCCUAGCAGGUUCAGGGGGUGCUCUGAGAGAGAAAAUGCCAUUGCACAAACAAAACUCUGUUGCAUGUGCAGAAUGGCAGUGUUGGAUAUAACCCAAUAUAUCUAUAUAACCCUCCCUAUUUGUGGAACUUACAGUUUCCUUUGGGAACUCCUGAUUUAUCUAAACAUUGUUUACACUUAACUGUUUCACGUGGGAGCCUUGUGAUUCCAGUGGAGCCACAUGCUGAUAUAUCAUUUCCUACAGUUCCUAAGUACGACUUCCCUUAUACAUCUUGCAAGCUAGAGGGUUCAGAUUAGACAGUCCGUAAAACCAUGUGCCUUACAGGAAAGAAGAAAUAUUUACAGUUGACAGAGAAACAUUCAAACUGAAAUAAGGCCAUAUGGUGCUUGAUGUUCUACCACCCAUCCAAUCCCUUGCUUUUUAUUAUAAUUAGUAGUGUAUCAUUAAUAGCCAAAUGUAUUUGUUUUACUGCAUAAUAAAAUUCAGAAAAUUAUUCUA